AUUUGUCAACAGAAGUCACUACCUUGCCUCGUGGGACGAUCAGGCACUUGGAAUCCAAUAGAAAGCACAGGAUACAAAAGCAUACGAGACACGCGUUGUUUAUUCAGACUAUUUUACAGCUGUUAUAGGUCGUUGGUUUUGAGGUAAAGCAUUUCUGGAUAGAUUAUGCAUGGUGUUAAAACCCUACUGGCGUCUGGAGCUGGUGUUUUGCUCAUAAGGAAUGGUGGAAAAUGGAAGAGAGUUGCGGGAAGUUUGGAAAGAAGACACUCACCUGCUCGGCUGUUGCACGUGAGCGCAUCACCGGGCCAGCAUCCGCGCCAUCAGCACGUGAUCGCAGAGAUGGACCCCGCCACGUACAGUAAGAAGGGGGUUGCUGGGUUGGAGGACUUGUUGUUCUACACAAUCACCCAGGGAAAAGAGAAACUCUCAGUGGCACGUUUCCUGACAGCACUCAGAAGCACAGGCUUGAUGACCUCUGACCCCCGUUUGAGAGACUGCAUGCGACAGAUCCAUCAAGCUGUCCAAGAUUCUGUUGGAAUGACAAUGAUGGACCAGGAACUGUUCAGAAAAUGUGUUGGCAGUAACAUAGUCCUCCUGACUCAAGCCUUCCAAAGGAAGUUCAUCAUUCCAGACUUUGAGGCCUUUACUUCCCUCAUAAACCAUUUGUAUUAUAACGUACAGGCUCAGCAAGGAGGGAAAGUAGCAAACUACAUCCCUCAGUUGGCUAAGUUCAGUCCACACCUCUGGGGAGUUUCUCUGUGCACAGUGGAUGGUCAGAGGCAUGCUGUAGGGGACACGAAUGUGCCAUUUUGUCUGCAGUCAUGUGUGAAGCCUCUGGAGUAUGCGCUGGCCGUGCAUGAGGCUGGCACUGAGCAUGUGCACAAAUAUGUGGGGAAAGAACCCAGUGGCCUCAAGUUCAACAAACUCUUUUUAGAUGAAGAGGAUAAACCUCAUAAUCCCAUGGUGAAUGCAGGAGCCAUUGUAAUCAGCUCUCUCAUAAAGCCUGGUUCCAACAAGGCAGAGAAGUUUGACUUUAUGAUGGAUUAUCUGAAGAAAAUGUCUGGCAGAGAAUAUGUUGGGUUCAGUAAUGCCACUUUUCAGUCAGAGAAAGAGACAGGUUACAGGAACUAUGCAAUUGGCUAUUAUCUCAAAGAAAAAAAAUGUUUUCCCAGUGGAGUUGACAUGAUGGCAGCCCUUGACUUCUACUUUCAGCUGUGCUCUAUUGAGGUGACAUGUGAGUCUGGCAGCGUCAUGGCAGCCACAUUAGCUAAUGGAGGGAUCUGUCCAAUCACAGGCGAGCGUGUGCUCAGUGCCGAGGCCGUCCGAAACACUCUCAGUCUCAUGCACUCGUGCGGCAUGUACGACUUUUCUGGCCAGUUUGCCUUUCAUGUGGGUUUGCCUGCUAAAUCUGGGGUGUCUGGUGCUGUGCUGCUCGUAGUUCCUAAUAUUAUGGGGGUAAUGUGCUGGUCUCCGCCUCUUGACCGUGUCGGCAAUAGCAUCCGAGGCAUCCACUUCUGCCAGGAGCUAGUCUCACUGUUUAACUUCCAUAAUUAUGACAAUCUGAGACACUUUGCGAAGAAGUUAGACCCUCGCAGACAGACAGGCCACGAGAGGAACAAGUCUGUGGUGGAUCUGAUGUUUGCUGCUUACAGUGGUGAUGUUUCAGCUCUCAGGAGAAUUGCUCUCUCUGCUGUCAAUAUGGAAUUGACUGACUACGACAACCGUACCGCCCUACACGUGUCCUCAGCAGAAGGGCAUUUAGAUGCGGUCAAGUUUUUAACAGAUACCUGCAAAGUCAACCCCAAUGCAAAGGAUAGAUGGGGAAACACACCUCUCGAUGACGCUAUGCAGUUUGGGCACGAUGCAGUGGUCAAGGUACUACAGGAGUACCAGAAAAUAUACACACACACACUAAUGCCUGAGGAUCUCAGCGCUGACACGUUUCCCGAUUCCACCAUUGACGCAGAGGAACUGAAGAGCAUGGAGACGCUGAAUGGUUUAGUUUGAGUGAGAACUACCAUGGGAAAUGCCAAACCGCAGAGCAGGUGUAGGUAGAUGUUACAGAGAUAGUGCUUCAAACCAAAGCUUCGCUGUAUGUAGACCUCGACUAGCUUCUACUGAUGGUUUAAGAUAGUCAUUACUGUAGUUUCUCAGAGCUCCAUUCAGUCUACUGUGGGAUUAUGAAACUACCAGGUACUUCCUGGUAAUUUCUGAUACGGCUCCUCAAAGACAGUUUGGUUUAUUCUUGGACCAAUUUAGAAAUGCUGAGGCUUCCUAGUUUAUCCUUGCAGAAUCAUUUUUAUGUAAAAGCCUUAAAGUCGGCGUGAAACGGAAGUUGAGAUUGUCAUUUUUUUCCUUGUCGUGACGGAUAUCCGAGUGAAACGGCUUCUGAAAUUAGAAUAAAAUGUAGGGCAGGGCUUUAUUUCGUCCUUCGGGAUUUGAUUGGAUCGUUAUAGGUUGGGCAUUGCAAACAAAAUGGAGGCAGAUUUGAAUGCGAUUCUCUGAGAGCCGGUGCACCGAUAGCCGCACCCUCAUCCGCUCUGGCCGCACCCUUUCGAAAUAGAAGAGAGGUCGUUUCGAUGGGGGAGGGCAGGGUUAUGUAUUUGAUUAAAGAUUAUAAGGGUAAAUGAAUUUUUAAAAAAUAAUGAAGUGCACAGAUAAAUUAUUUAUAAUAAACACUACAAUAUUAGAUAUAAAAAGAAGAUUUGUCAAUUUUGAUUUCAUGCCGACUUUAACUCAAAGGAAGCCUUUGGAACUAGGCCAGGGGCCCGAUUCACAAAACAUUCUUAGGAUUAAAAUUCUCUAACUAUUUUCCUCCAGGUUUCUGACUUUAAAAGUUAUAAAUAUUUUGUAUUCCAAAAAUACUUAGAACAAUUAAAAAAAGGUAAUAGCAUUCUUAAGACAAAACUGAAUUCAUAUUCUUGAAAAUACUCAUAACUUCUUAGUUAGGAUAAGCUCCAACUUAAAACCCUGAAGAUACAAGGUUUAAUUUGAGUUGUUUCAAAUAUCUUGCAUUUAAACAAAACACUAGCUUGAACUUUUCAAAAAAUGCUUCUGAACUUCAAAUUCAUCUUAUUUUAACUUCUUAAGAAGAUUUUUGUGUCUCUGGCCCUGUUACUAAGUACAAGGUUAGUGUAAAUUUAGCAGGCUGUCUAUUAAGACAAAAAUGCACAUUAAAAAGUAGUUUAUUUAUAAAAUAACCAUACUGGAAUGUUAGCUGGAGGUUACAGGAGGUUAGCCAGCACCCUUCAUAAUGUGAACUGUAGCCUAGUUUCUUUGUCAUUUUAAGUUAUUAAUUUUUGGCUAAACAUUUUGAGCAGGUAUUUGUAUAUUUGUAUUAUCCUUAAGAUGUUGGAAUUGUGUAUGUUUGUUAAUAGACAUUUUUGUAACUUAAGGUAUUUAAUGUUGUUUUAUUGUAGUGCACAAAAGCUUUAACUGCAUCCCCUGUGGACUUUGCACACAAGAAAGAAAUGGUAUUUAAAACGUGGUACAUAGACAAACUUUAUUGCUGAAUACAUAAGUUCAGAUAGUUAUAGAAGAGUUUUUUUUUUUUUUUUCGAAUUAAAGUGAAAACUGUGACAUGGACAGAAUCAGAUAACAUGACACAAUAAAGUGUAAAAUAACACAA